CACACACACUGCCCCCUAUGCUGGAUUGGCAGUUCUCAGAAAGGACCGUGGGAGGUAGAGGAGGUUCCGGAAGAGCAGGCUGUGUGUGUCACUGAAGGGUGUGGACCAGGUCCCCAGGCCCUGCUCCGGGAGUCGAGGACCCCAAGACAAGCAGGACAGCCCCAGGCCCGUCUCCAGAGUGUACACAACUGUGCUAGGGGAAGGGUGAGUCCCAGGCUGCCAUCUGGGGUGGGCCCUGGAAUAAGAGGGCUCCAGUCAGACUGGGCAUUCUGCAAGGCCUUCCCCAGUCUCGCCCUUCCUGGCACCCUCUCUCCCUUCACUGCAAAGCACAGAGCUCAGAGGACUCCCUGGGUAAAUGCUUAUCAAAGUAUGAAUUUUUGCAACUUUCGGUGAGAAUAUAAUUGUUUCAGAAUAAAAAGAAUUUUUUAAAGGGGGAUGAGAAGAGCAUUCCAGGCAUGUAUAACAGCAUAUGCAAGAGCUGAGUAGGGGCAGUGGUGUCCCCGCCAGCUCGCAAGAACCAGUUGUUAGAUUUGCAGGAAUUAGGCCAACUGGCUGUUAAAGACAGCCACCGUUAAAAAUUAAAUUAUAUACAUUCACAAUGAAAUAGGUUAAAUUAAGGACAAAGGCAGUGUUUUAAGAGUACGUGGCUUCAGGGAUGAGCAAGGUAAACAAAAGCAGCCCCUGCCGGGUGGGUUUCCCAUCGGGUUUAACAAGCAGCCUGGCCUCACCGCCACCGCGGGCCGCUAGGCAACUCACUGGGCCUCUCUCUCUGGUCUUUAAAUAAGUUUCUGGCCUACUCCGCAGGCUUGUUGUGGGAAGUAAGCGACACCCGUGGGAGUACCCAGUAAAGUGCCUCGCCAAGGAGGCCUUGACAAAUGUUAGCUCCGUUUCACUCUAGCAAGUUCUUUGCCAGUUUGUCCUCCUGGAGCCUCUGGGUCAGCUGGCCUCCCUGGCUUCUCCGUCAGGCUUUAUUAGUCCUCCUCCCUCCUACCCUCUCCGCUAGCACCAGGUGAUCCCGCCCCCCCCGUCCCCCUCCCCCUGCCACUCACCCCGACCCCACCCUGCGGGCCGCCCCCAGCUGCCGAGGACAGCCGUCGUUAGAGUGAAGCCAGGGGCGUGCCUUCCCUCCGAGACUGCGGCCCCCUGCUCCGCUCAGGCCCCGCGGGGGAGCCCUGAGCCGCGCACCCGGACGAUCGACCUCCCCCUAAAGAAAGGUGAUACGGAGAGCUGAAACCAUGGUUCAGCAGGUGCUGUACCGGGCGCUGGUCUCCACCAAGUGGCUGGCGGAGUCCGUCCGGGCUGGCAGGCUGGGCCCUGGCCUUCGAGUGCUGGACGCCUCCUGGUACUCGCCGGGCACCCGCGAGGCCCGCAAGGAAUACCUAGAGCGCCAUGUGCCCGGUGCCUCCUUCUUUGACAUAGAGGAGUGCCGGGACAGAGCGUCGCCCUACGAGAUGAUGCUGCCCAGCAAGGCGGGCUUCGCCGACUACGUGGGCAGCCUGGGCAUCAGCAACGACACGCACGUGGUGGUGUACGAUGGUGACAACUUGGGCAGCUUCUAUGCGCCGCGGGUCUGGUGGAUGUUCCGCGUGUUUGGCCACCGCACCGUGUCCGUGCUCAAUGGUGGCUUCCGGAACUGGCUGAAGGAGGGCCACCCGGUGACAUCUGAGCCCUCACGCCCAGAGCCAGCUGUCUUCAAAGCCACACUGGACCGCUCCCUGCUCAAGACCUACGAGCAGGUGCUGGAGAACCUCGAAUCGAAGAGGUUCCAGCUGGUGGAUUCACGGGCCCAAGGGCGGUACCUGGGCACGCAGCCGGAGCCAGAUGCAGUAGGACUGGACUCGGGCCACAUCCGAGGCUCAGUCAACAUGCCCUUCAUGGACUUCCUGAUGGAGGAUGGCUUCGAGAAGAGCCCGGAGGAGCUCCGUGCCAUGUUCGAGGCCAAGAAGGUGGACCUUGCAAAGCCCAUCAUCGCCACAUGCCGAAAGGGUGUCACUGCCUGCCACAUCGCCCUGGCCGCCUACCUCUGUGGCAAGCCCGAUGUGGCCAUCUAUGACGGCUCCUGGUUCGAGUGGUUCCACCGGGCCCCCCCGGAGACCCGGGUGUCCCAGGGGAAAGGCGGGAAGGCGUGAGCAGUGGCCUCUCCUACCCUCGCCUACAACUCCUGCCAGUGGAGUGACCCCAGCGUGGCCCACAGCUGGUCCAUGCCUCAUCGGCUAAGGAGAUGAACAAGUUUUUAGAGUUAAUGGGUAGAGCGCUCCUUUUCCCAACAACACUGGAAUAAAACUGGCCUUUUCCGAGUA